UAUUAUAAUGGCCAGUAGUGGGUGACAGAGCGAAUUUACGUAUAUUCUCGAGAAAAGCGUACCUAUCAUUGGUAAAAUUUGUAUCAAUUAAACUCGCUAUCGGAAAAUUGACGUGUUGAUUUCGGGGUGAGGAUCGAGUAAUGAAAAUUCAAGAGCUACAAACAUGCUGGGCGAAAAUGACAUCGUACCAGCUGAUCAGGCUCCAGCCGAUCUCUCGGCGGACAACUGUUAUUAUUCCGAGGCGACGCCUCUCCUGGGCGCACGUCCGGCGACUCCGAGCAGCGGUAACAUGGUCGAGAAGAACAUCGGCAUCUCCCAACAGACGCUCGUCUCCCACGGGGGAAGCGAGCACGACGGCAACGCGUCCACGUCGUCGGUCCGGGCAAGCAAGCUGCCCCAGUACCUGGCGGGCGUAGCCGCGACCCUCGGGGCCUUAGCGGCCGGUCUUGUCCUCGGCUGGACCUCCGCCGGGGGCAAAGACGGGGUCAAGCUCGCCAACGAGUACGAGCUGACCGUCACGCCCGAGGACUUUUCCUGGAUCGGGUCCCUCAUGACCUUGGGGGCCGCCGCCGUGUGCGUGCCCAUAGGCGUCCUGUCCGACCUCAUGGGCCGAAAGCUGGCGAUGCUCCUGCUCGUCGCGCCCUUCACCGUAGGCUGGCUCCUCGUCAUAUUCGGCUCGUCGGUGCUCAUGCUCGACAUAGGCCGGUUCAUCCUCGGGGUCAGUGGGGGCGCGUUCUGCGUGACCGCCCCGACUUACACCGCCGAGACAGCGGAGAGCGCCAUCCGCGGCACCCUCGGCUCCUACUUCCAGCUCAUGCUCACGGCCGGGAUUCUGGCCUCGUACGUGCUCGGGCCCCUGCUCACCAUCAAGAUGCUCUCGGUGGUGUCGGCCCUGGUGCCCCUCGUCUUCUUCUGCGUCUUCUUCUUCAUGCCGGAGACCCCGGUCUACCACCUGAGGAAGGGCAACGUGGCCGCGGCGCGCUCGAGCCUGAGGAGGCUGCGUGGCCCGCGGUACGACGUCGAGCCGGAGAUACAGGCGCAACAGGAGCUCAUGGCCGAGGAGGAGCGGAACCGCGUCUCCUUCGCCGAGGCCAUUAGCAGCAGGGCCGCCAAACGCGGGCUGCUCGUCGGGUUCGGGCUCAUGACCUUUCAGCAACUCAGUGGGGUCAAUGCCAUCAUAUUCUACGCUGGCAGCAUCUUCGAGGGCGCAACCGACUCCAUAGCCCCGAGCACGGCGACCAUCAUCGUCGGCGUCAUCCAAGUCGUCGCCGUGUUCUUGAGCACGUUCCUCGUCGAUAGUCUCGGUAGGCGUCUGCUCCUUCUCGCCUCCGAGACCGCCAUGUUCCUAACGACCCUCGUUCUCGGCGUGUACUUCUACCUCAAGAACGCCGGCCACGAAGUCCCGGGCUGGCUGCCCCUCUUCUGCAUCUGUGCCUUUAUUUUCCUCUUUUCCAUCGGUUUUGGUCCCAUACCGUGGAUGAUGAUGGGCGAAAUUUUUUCACCCACCAUCAAAGGUGUGGCGGGUAGCAGCGCUUGUCUGUUCAACUGGUUAAUGGCUUUUGUAGUUACCAAGUAUUACUCACCACUGGAAAAACUUGCCGGCACCUAUACCUGCUUUUGGCUCUUCUCGGCCGUCUGUUUGGUCGGUUUGAUCUUUGUUUUUGUCUUCGUUCCUGAGACCAAAGGCAAGUCACUCGAGGACAUACAGUUUGAGCUGUCCGGCCGAGCACCUGAGCGCAGGCACACGUCGGAUAAAGCUUGAAAAAAUAAAUGACACUUCAACUUUUUAAUGGAGAAUAUUUCACCGUGGAAGCUCUAUUGCUACGGUAUAUACGUCUGUACCUAGCUCGAUUGAGACAUCAAGUUUUGUAAUGUAAACACCAUUACUCGUUGUACAGAGUCUAAAUUUACGACUCUCUCACUCAAACAAGUUCAUGUAAAUUCUGGUUUUUUUUUUUUUUUUUUUUUCUUUCUCUUUCUUUCUCUCUUUUUCUCCACAAAACUCACAGUGUUUUUUUAAAUCAAUAGAACUGUGUAAGUAUGAGCGCUUUUACCAAUGUAGUUGGUUUUGUGCGGAUUUGGUUCUGAGUCAGGUCAUCUCAAAUGUAGCUACGUAUUUCUAUGAUAUUACUAGUAGUCUACGCUCGCUAGUACAGUACUUUAGGUGUGAAAAAUGAAUUUUAACUGUUGAUUUAACUUGAAAAUAUAAACUCUAGCUAAGCAAAUUUUGUCGAGAAAAAAUUGACGGUUUUAAGUUUCCCACACCUGAAGUAGUAUAUCCUCAAGUUAAAUAAGGAUUUUCGUGAUGGUUAAGACGGCACGUUAACUGUUACAACUAAGUAUUGCACAUCCCUGCACAAAAGACUGAUUUUCGUUCAAAUAAACUUAUCGAGAGCAUAUCGUGUACGAUAUA